UCUCCAGUCGCUGUACAGACGCAAGGACAGGACCAACAGACUAGGAUUGGUUGAAAAUUAUGGUACCUUCUAUGAGAUGGUCUUGGAUGAUUGAGUUCCCUUGUGUUAAAGAACCAAAUGUUUCAGUUUUGGUUCUGGAUUUUCACUUGGCCAAGGUUAGCGUUUGUCCAACAUGACAUGUAUACAUUGAGGUGAUGAUUUACAUGCAUUGAGGUACUUUAUAGGUAUCGUUGUUAUGAUGAUAUAUAUAUAUGAAUGACACUGCCAUUGACUAGAGAAUUAUGAUGCAUCCCCGCUUCAUCAAGCUCUAUACAUUGGGGUUCCGAGAAGCUGCAGCUAUUCAUAGGACUGCCACUAUAUCAUAUUUUGAUGCGGUAUUUAUUGCUGGAAAAAAUAUUGACGGUAACUAUAACCGGUGUCGGAACAUGUUCCUUUUAAGUUUUUCUACAGCUACUUCCUCUGAAAGGAUAUGUUGGGCAGGUUCCUCUCAUUCGAUUCUGUCGAGAAAGCUUGAAACUGCGUUGAAGGAUCACCAAAUGGUUGAAGCGUGGGAAUCUUUUAACGAUUUUAAAAGCUUGUACGGCUUUCCUAGCGAUAACCUUCUGGCUAGGUUGAUCACUGACCUUACUUAUUCGUCUGACCCCCAUUGGCUACAUAAAGCAUAUGAUUUGGUCUUGCUAGUUUUGAAAGAGAAAACAGGUGUACUUCACUCUGACGUGCUAACAAAGCUGUCUCUCUCCUUAGCAAGAUCUCAAAUGCCAAUGCCUGCCACAGUAAUUCUAAGAUUGAUGCUGGAGAGAGGGAGUUCGCCUCCCAUGAACGUAUUAUGGUUGGUUUUUCUGCAUAUGGUGAAGACAGAGAUUGGGACAUGCCUGGCCUCAAAUUUCUUGGUUCAAAUUUGUGAUUUUUUCCAAAGUGCAAAAAUAAGUGAUGGUGCAAAGCUGAUAAAACCGGAUACAAUGAUCUUUAACCUGGUGCUUGAUGCUUGUGUGAGGUUUAAAUUAUCUUUCAAAGGCCAACAGAUCAUUGAAUUGAUGACACAGACAGGCAUUAUAGCUGAUGCGCACUCAAUCACUGUUAUUGCAAGGAUCCAUGAAAUGAACGGUCAGAGGGAUGAGAUGAAGAGAUUGAAGGUGCACAUUGAUCAAGUUCUGUCUCCAUUUAUCCAUCAUUAUCGGCAAUUAUAUGAUAGUUUGUUGAGCUUGCAUUUCAAAUUUAACGACAUAGAUGCUGCUGCUGAGCUUGUGUUGGAUAUGUAUAGAUUCCCAGAGUCUUUUCCCAUUCUAAAAGAUAUGAAGGAACUUCAAAAGCCCUGCCUUGUUCCAAUGGGAUCUCAAAAUCUCAAGACUGGGCUAAAGAUACAGAUUGUGCCUGGCAUGCUGCAGAAGGAUUCUGUCCUCAAAGUGGAAGGUAUACAAGAACUCGUUAUUUUUAGAAAUGGGAAACUUGCCCCUAGUAACAGGGCCGUGGCUAAGCUCAUCAUUGGAUACAGAAGAGGUGGGAGGAUUAGUGACCUGUCAAAACUUUUACACAUCAUUCCGAAGGAGAUCCAUUCAUUGGGAGGAUCCAGUUUGUGUUCUGAUGUUAUUGAUGCUUGCAUUAAUUUGGGUUGGGUUGAAACUGCUCAUGACAUUUUAGAUGACAUGGAAGCGGCUGGAUCUCCCAUGGGCUUUACUACUUAUUCAUCACUCUAUGCAGCCUACUACAGGGCAGAGAUGUUUAGGGAAGCAGAAGCAUUGCUAAAACAAAUGAAAAAAGCUGGUUUGGUCUUAAAUUUGUCUGAUGAGAUGGUUAUCGCCACCUGUCUAUCAGAAGCAGUAGAUAAAGAUGCCAUGUAUGGAAAUGCAUCGAGUGCGAUCAGUAAAUCCAAUCUGGCAAAUUUUUUGGUUCGAGAAAUGGGAGAGGAGGAUAAAACAGUUCCUCCUAUAGUUUAUCAGUUCAAUUCUUCUAUUUACUUUUUCUGCAAGGCCAAAAUGGUAGCGGAUUCUUUGAAGACAUACAGAAGAAUGCAAGAGAUGAAAGUCCAACCUACUGAGCAAACAUUUUCUAUUCUGGUUCAUGGAUAUUCUUCACUAGGGAUGUAUCGCGAUAUGACAUUUAUAUGGGGAGACAUUAAGAGAAAUAUGCAGAGUGGAAAUUUGGUGUUAAGCAGAGAUUUGUGUGAGUUUUUGCUACUGAGCUUUCUUCGAGGUGGUUACUUUGAGAGAGUGAUGGAGGUUGUUGGUUACAUGAAAGAGCAUAAAAUGUUCACUGACAAGUGGAUGUACAAAAGUGAGUUUGUAAAGCUCCAUAAGAAUCUUUAUAGGAGGUUAAAGGCAUCAGAAGCUAGAACUGAGGCUCAAAAGAAAAGGCUAGAGUAUGUCCUGGCAUUUAGAAAAUGGGUUGGCAGAGAUUGAAGUUCAAAGAGUAGUCUUCAGAAUAUGACAAAAUUUGCUGCAAACGUAGUCUGCAUGUGCUGCUUCAUGGAUUUGGGAUAUGUUGUGCCACCACUCAUAAAUCACACACUAGAUCGUGGUCUUGAUAUCCAAGCACAACACAAGUACACUUGGGCCCAAGAUGGUAAGUUGGAAUUUGAACUCGCCUCUAUGCAUGCGGGAGGUUUCUUGGGUCCCUUGACAGUUCCCUUGACAAUUUGAACUCUUUCGGCUCGUCCUUCCCAUCCUCAUUAUUGCCUCUCCAUUGUCCCGAAUGCUUUUUGAUGUGUUCAAGCGCUUUAUCUAUUGGUUUUGCAACACUCUCCAAGCAAUUCCUACUGUGGUUAUCAUCAAGUUGGACUCGAAAUAUUGGUUGAGAUUGAAGGGUCUAAUACAUGGGUAGCGAAAGAAACAAACAUGUUAGCCCUUUCAAUACUGAGAGAGAAUAAAACGAGGGCUGCUCGACUUGCAUUUAUUUAUAAGCCUUCUUUUUUAUACACCCAGCACACCGUUGAUGUAGAGGAUUUCCCGCAUCAAUUAUGCUAAAAGAUGAUUAGUAUUUUGGUUUUUUUAAAGUAAUAAUGGGUUUCACUAUAAGUAAUAUGUGGUGUGCUAAAUGCUAAUACACCGGUUUUUGUGUAGCAAAACUCAUAAUGCAUGCUACAUUUUUUUGACA